UAUAACGUGUAGAUAAUUAUUGAGUCUCAGUUUAGGGUAGCCAGUUCGAUAAAAGAAUAAAUUACUUGUACAUAGAUGAUGUAAUGUUUUAUGUUUUGGUCUCGGAGGAACAAAACUAGUGCUUACGUGCUGGGAAGUUAUUGGUGCACAGGUAAAGAGGAUGUGACUCUAUCUCACAGCAGAACAAAUAUAAAGCUGCGGUUUUACUGCUCAGUGCACUUAAAUGCCAUUCAGACCCAUUCAUGUACACACAUUUAGGUCACCAACUCAGAUAAAGUUGUUUCAACAUGAAUUUCUCUCUUGUUACAUCGAUUUAUCUGUCUGCUUACUAUGGAAUGGAAGAGCUCAAGUCCAUGUAUUUCUGCAUUUUCUUCAUCGUAUACCUCACCAUCAUCACUGAGAAUGUCUUGCUGAUCAGGGUGGUUUAUUGUGAAAAAUCCCUGCGUCAGCCAAUGUAUGUGCUUUUGUGUAAUUUGGCCGUGAAUGAGCUGGUAGGAAGCACCGCCUUGCUGCCGGCGACGCUGAUCAACAUUCUCUCUCACACACACGAGGUUUCUAUUUCUUUUUGCCAGACGCAGGUCUUUGUUAUACACACAUAUGCCGUCACCGAAUUCACUAUUCUCGCGGUGAUGAGCUACGACAGAUACGUAGCCAUUUGUCAUCCACUGUCCUACCAGGUGAUCAUGUCUCAGAGGAUAGUGAAGCUGAUUGUUUUUAUGUGGCUUUACCCCAUGCUGGCACUAAGCGUGGUUUUUGUUUUUACUCUUCAGCUGCCAUAUUGUGGCCGGGCCAUAGAGAAGCUUUACUGCCUCAACUACUUGCUUGUGCAGCUUGCAUGCACAAAUACAUUUAUAGUUAACACCAUCGGUCUGCUGUCUGCAGCUCUCUACACGGCUCCUCAGCUGAUCAUGAUAUUUUACUCAUACGGACACAUCCUGAAGAUUUGCAUAAUGUCGUUCGGCAAAUCCAAAUUCAAGGCCCUCCGUACUUGCAUUCCCCAUCUACUGGCUGUAAUCAACUACGCCACUGGGUGCUUUUUUGAGCUGGCACAAGGUCGUCUCGACAACAGGCACAUGUCUUAUCACACUAAGCUGUUUUUGUCACUGUACUUUUUGAUAUUCCCACCGCUCCUAAAUGCACUAAUAUACGGCUUGGGCACACAAAUAAUAAGAGUCCGACUCAUCAAGCUUUUCACCAAGUGCAAGUGACGUAGUCAAGAUAUUUUAGAUUUGGGUUCAUUAAAUAUGCAUCCAGCAUGGUGUUCAGAAGUCCUCAAAAUGUGGCUUUAUUGUAGGACUUACGUUUACAGCAGUCUGAAUUCGUGUUAAAUAAUGUUGUUUGUUUAUCUUUGAGUGCUGUUAAUCUUGCUGGUUUUUAAAUGUUUAUCCAUAGCUUAAUUUUAUUUCAGUAGAUGCACAAAUGCUUUUAAAAACACACUAUCCCCUCUGAUAUUUAGCCAAAUUUUUACAUCCUAUCCAUAAUUUCUGCUGCUUUGAGCUCUACGUAGA